UGGCAAUAACUUUGUCCUUUUGAUCGACCUUCCCACCAUCUCUCUCUUCUCUCUACCUCCACACAAAACCAAAUAAUUACUUAUCACACUUUCCUAUAUUCCUUGUAAAUGCAAUGAAAAAACUAGUACUCACUUUUGCUUCUCUCUUUUCUCGUGUUCUUUAUCUCUCUCGCUCACACAGGAGCAAUUAAAAGCCCUUAUAAAUAAAAGCAAACGAGAGCACAGAUAAUUAGAAACAAAGCAUGAAUGGUGCUGCAUGUGCCGAGGCAGAGUGCUGUGAGUUUGUGGAAGUUGAUCCCACGGGAAGAUAUGGAAGAUACAAUGAAAUUCUUGGCAAGGGAGCUUCCAAGACUGUCUAUAGAGCAUUUGAUGAGUAUGAAGGGAUAGAAGUAGCAUGGAAUCAAGUAAAGCUUUAUGACUUUUUGCAGAAUCCUGAAGAUCUUGAGAGGUUAUACAGUGAAAUUCAUCUGCUCAAGACAUUGAAACACAAGAACAUCAUGAAGUUCUAUACUUCAUGGGUUGAUACGGCCAACAGGCACAUUAACUUUGUCACCGAGAUGUUUACCUCUGGAACUCUAAGACAGUACAGACUUAAACACAGAAGGGUUAACAUCAGAGCUAUUAAGCAUUGGUGCAGGCAGAUUUUGGAAGGACUUCUCUAUCUGCACAGCUAUGAUCCUCCUGUGAUUCAUAGAGAUCUCAAGUGUGAUAAUAUUUUCAUCAAUGGCAACCAAGGGGAGGUCAAAAUUGGUGAUCUUGGCCUUGCUGCAAUUCUCCGCAAAUCUAAUGCUGCUCGCUGCGUUGGUGUUUCUCUAUAUAGGCACAAUUAUCAGUUUAAGACUCCGGAUUUACUUAUUUUUCUUCUUUGUUUUACUCCAGGCACACCUGAGUUUAUGGCUCCUGAAGUGUAUGAAGAGGAUUACAAUGAGUUGGUCGACAUAUACUCUUUUGGAAUGUGCAUCUUAGAGAUGGUGACUUUUGAAUAUCCUUAUAGUGAAUGCAACCAUCCUGCUCAAAUUUACAAGAAAGUUGUCUCUGGUAAGAAGCCAGAAGCUCUUUACAAAGUAAACAAUCCCGAGGUUAGACAAUUUGUAGAGAAAUGCCUAGCAACUGCGUCCCUCAGACUUUCAGCUAAGGAACUCUUGGAGGACCCGUUUCUCCAAAUUGAUGAUUAUGGGUCUGACUCAAAAGUAGUUCAGUAUCAAAGAGAUUGCUAUCAAGUAACCCCAUUAAUUAGACAACCUUUGAAUGGAAUUUAUAGCAUUAACGAUACCUUAAUGAGUGGGUACACUGAUAAUCUUGGUGGUUAUGGACCUGUAUCUGAAUUGGAUUAUCCUCAAGAUGAUUUUGAGCCGAGUGAAAUUGGUCUCUUUGAAUGCGAAGAGGGUGACAAUUUGGCUGAAGUUGACACCACAAUCAAAGGUAGUAGAAGAGAAGAUGAUGGCAUCUUUUUGAGAAUCAGAAUAGCAGAUAAGGAAGGUCGAGUUCGAAAUAUCUACUUCCCAUUUGACAUCGAGACUGAUACUGCAUUGAGUGUUGCAAAUGAAAUGGUAGCUGAGCUUGACAUAACUGACCAAGAUGUAACUAAAUUAGCAAAUAUGAUAGACAAUGAAAUUGCAACCUUGGUUCCAGAGUGGAAAGCAGAACAGAUAAUAGAGGAAAAUUCAGAAUGUUCAAGUGCAAAUGUCUGCCGCAAUUGUGCUGCAAACGGUUCCUUGUUUGACUAUGUAUCAUCAAAUAAUCCAUGUGGCAAGAACCUUCAAUUUCUUCGUUGUUCUAAAAAUGGAUGUGCUGCAGUUCAUGGGCGAUUUGAAGAGAUAACAUACCAAGUUGAAGGAUCUGAAAAUAGUGCUACAGAAGGUGAGCCAGAUGCAUCAAGGCAAUCUAAAGGCAUUCAUUAUACAGAUAUCUGGGCACAGAGAGAUGAUCCAGAGUUAUGCCAUGAAGAAUUAAAAGACAUUCACUGUGACCAAGCUCACGAGGCAUCACACCCAUCAAACAUCAAGGAGGAUGGAAAAACUGUUAAUAUGGAUGAACAAAGUGAUCUCAAUACCAAAAGGCCUCUUUCAAACCCUGCAACAAAUUGUGCUCCCUUGGACUAUGAAAAUGAAAUUAGGCAAGAACUAAGAUGGCUCAAAGCAAAGUACCAAAUGCAGUUAAGGGAGCUUAGAGACCACCAACUAGGGGGUAAACCAAAAUUUUCUAGCAUAUCUCCUGACACUGAAAAAUUAGAGCAUGGGAUUGGAAAAGAUGGAAUUCUGAGGCUUUCGGCUACAUCCAACUUGAAGAUACAAAACAAUAAACCACUAUUGAGAUCUAUAUUUUCUGGGAAGCAUUUUCAUGUUGAUGAUGAAAAAUGCACUACUUUGGCUGAUCAAGUGGUUCAGAAUAUUGAUGAGGUUAGUCAGUCCAACAGUCCUGAGCAAAUGGUCACAGCCCAGGAUUUCUUCACAGGAGCUUUGCUUCCACACUCACUUCAUAGGGCAACCUCACUUCCUGUUGAUGCAGUAGAUGUUUAGAAUCUAUGAACCACCAAAGUUCAUAAUUUUCUCAUCAUAAGUGGGCACCAAUGUAACUACACUUAACUGGUUGCCUGUUUACUUAAAUUUAGGGAAGAGAAAAAUCAGAGCCAGAGAGUAAUAGAAGUUACUCAAACAACCCUAGAUGUAAUUUAGCUUGUUGGCACACUUUUCUAGUAAGGUCACUUGACCUAGUAUUGAAAAUGCCAGAUGUAAAUCAUGCACAGGCUAACACAGUCACGUUAAUGUAAGCAAAAUUUUCCCUUGCAAUGCUGAAUCUCAGCUCCAUCUCCUAGAGUAUUAUAUACUACA